AUGUCCAAAUCAAAUUAUUCAUCUCGUAGUCGUGAUUCUCAUCGUUCACCAUCUCGUCCACGUGAUCAAUCAUCUCGUUCGGAACGCUCACCAUCUCGUUCAUAUCGUCCAUCAUUAUCAGAACAUUCAUCAUCUCGUAUACAUGGUUCACAAUAUUCAACAUUUCAUGUUCAUUCAUCUGAUUAUGAAGUUAUACUCAUCAAUCGAUACAUGCCGAUGGAAGUUAUGGACAAAGUGUUAAAUCACAUUAAUGAUUGUUAU